CUUUACCCACUUCAUCAAUGGCAAGUGAUGACCAAGAGCGCUCCCAAUGCUGUUUCCUCAAAUGGAUGAAUCUCCAACAAGAAGAGCUCUUAGAGCUCCACCAAGCGCUAGCCCUACACGCCCACCACCACAACAACAACAUCAACAAUGGAAACGACCUAAUCCAACUCGUAGAAAAGCGCAUCAAACACUUCCAAGACUACGCUGACAAGCGAAGCCGACUAGCCCAGAACGACGUUUCUGCUUUCUUUGCUCCAACCUGGUGCACCAACUGGGAAAACUCGCUGCUUUGGAUCGCUGGUUGCAGACCUUCCCAAUAUAUCAGACUCAUUUAUGCGCUGAGUGGGUUGGAAAUUGAGGCUCAGCUCAACGAGUUCCUUCAGGGCACAAGCACUGGGAAACUCGGCGACCUUUGUUCCAAACAACUUCACCAACUCGACAGUUUGCACAGCAAAACGAUCAGAGCUGAGGAAAAAUUGACAACCCAGUUGGCGAGUUUGCAAGAGGAUGUAGCAGAUCAGCCCAUUGCAAUGAUUGCAAAGGGGUUGUUCCAUGUCGGUGAGAUAAAUAGAGAAGUUGACAAGGCUCUGGAUCAACAUGAGAAAGCUAUGGUUGGUGUUUUCUUAUGUCGCACUAUGGAUAAGCAGAUUGUUAAAGAUAUAUUAGCCCAUUAG